UGUAACAAGGAACGGCGGAGGCAGCGAGGGAAAAAAAAAGGUUACAUUGUAGCCGUCUUUCCGUCGCGCGCUCGCGCGCAGGCGCAGAAGAGCCCUCCCAGGAGAAGCGCGGCCUCCUGCACGUGUGAACGCGCGGCGGGACCCGUGUCGGGUCGGCCCACGGCGGCGCCGGCGACGGGUUCUUCUUCUUCUUCCCCGGCCAGGACCCAUCGGCUUCGGGGGGUGGGGAAGAAACCCUAACCUCGCGGUCCCCGUCCCCCCCCCCACCCCUGGCCUCCAUGGCCGGCGGAGGCUGGACGCUGCCCGGCGGGGAUUUCCUCUCCCCGCAGCCGCCGGCUUCCCAGCAGGAGCAACAGCCGCCUCAGCCUCCUCCUCCUCCGGAUGCCGCCGCCUCCGAGGCGAGGAAGCCGGCCUUGGAGCCGUGGCGGGAGGCUCAAGAGAGCGACCGGCAUUGGGCUCUCCGCCGGCAGUUCCUGCUCCGCAACCUGCCGGGCUACCCGGGCUCCGACGCCUUCCAGAAGCUGCUGGCCCUCUCGCACGUCUGGAGCAACCACGUCUUCAUGGGCUGCAGGUAUGGCUCCCAAAUUAUGGAGAAAAUCCUGCAGAUGGGCGAAGGCAUCGAUAUUGGUGAGAUGCCAUCCUUUGAGCUGGUGCCGGGCACGAAGGCAGCCAAAAGACCACGAUCCCCACGCGAGGACUCUCCCCAAAACUGCAAGAAUCCAAGGAAGCAAGCUCCGAAAUUCCGCGUCCGGCCGCGCUUUGAGCCAAUCCACUUUGUCGCCAGCAACGCUCAACCGCAGGCAAAAGAAGAGUCUUCAGAAAACCAAGUCCAAGACCCUUCGGAGAACAUCACGGCCCAGCAGAUCCAAACCUAUGCUGAUCGGGUGUUCAGCAGCUUCAGCACCCAAGACGGGGACCUCCAGUUCUCAAGUUCAGUAGGCCUUGGCUAUGGAAGUAGCCAGGUCAAACCACCUGACGCUAAAGUGGCUGCCAUAAGUAUGGAGACUUCUACUGCUGGGGUCAAGGCGACUUUGGCAGACUCUCCUCUUCUCCAGACCUCUUCCGAAACGUUCCCCAAAUCGGUGGUAACAGCCAAGCAGUGUUUCAUUAACAAGCUAGUAACGGCAAUCCGCAACAAUCUUGCCAAUCCCAAAUGUAGAGGUGGGCCGGACAACAUUAACUACACGUAUCUUUUCACGCGGUCGAUUCAGGCUUGUAAGACCAACCCGGAAUAUAUUUAUUCUCCCCUGAAGGACAUUCCCCCCGCUGAUCUUCCCAAGAAGAAGAAGCUCCUCAAAGAAGGUUUUGCCUGUGAGGUGAGAUGCCAGAACGUCUAUCUGACCACGGGCUACGCGGGUAGCAAAAAUGGUUCCCGAGACCGGGCCACCGAGCUGGCGGUGAUACUACUGCAGAAACCCGUCGAAGUCAAAGUAGUUCAGCGGAAGUUCAAAAACACCACGCGGGAAGAUUUGGUGGUAUGUGAAAGUGGGGCAUCUCCUCUCGAAUUCCCGCCAGCGCUCAAGCCGCCGGAUGACGUGAACCUUCCUGCAAAGGACAGUGUUUUGGGAGAGCCAGGAACGGACCCUCAACAAGGGCCCAGCUCAGCCAAACACUGGACUAAGUUUGUCCUCACCGAAAACGCCAGCGACGCCAUUGGCAUUUUGAACAAUUCUGCCUCCUUUAACAAAAUGAACGUGGACUACAAAUACGUAUUGAUGCCCAACCGUCUCUGGCGUUGCAGCGUCUAUUUGCAAGGCCACUUCUUAGCGGAAGGCUCAGGCACCAAGAAAACCAGCAAGCACGCCGCAGCAGAUGAAGCCGUGAAAAUCUUGCAGAAGACACAGUCCAACGUCAGCGCUACCAAAGCCGUCCAGGUUCAGAAAGUCAGCGGGGCUGCCCGCAACCCGGCGAAGAAGAAGAACCUGAAGGACUUGGUGGUGUACGAAAACUCCAUGAAUCCGGUCUGCACUCUGAACGACACCGCUCAGUUCAACAAGAUGACGGUGGAAUAUGUCUUCGAAAGGGUGACGGGAAUGCGAUGGAAGUGCAAAGUGAUGCUGGAGAACGAAAUGAUCGCCGAAGCCGUCGGCGUCAAGAAGACCGUCAAGCACGUGGCCGCCGAGGAGGCCGUGAAGGUCCUCAAGAAGACCCAGCCGACCGUCGUCAACAACUUGAAAAAAGGCACCAUCGAAGACGUCAUUUCCCGGAACGAGAUUUGCGCCCGCUCAGCCGAAGAGGCCUUGAAGCAGCAGAUUAAGGAGGACAACAUCGGGAAUCAGAUCUUAAGGAAGAUGGGCUGGACGGGAGGUGGUUUGGGCAAAAGCGGGGAGGGGAUCCGGGAGCCCAUCGCGGUGAAGGAGCAGUUCAAAAGGGAAGGCCUGGGACUGGAUGUCGAAAGAGGCUCCCAGAUCACCAAAAAAGAUAUCGAGCAGAUCAUCCAAAAUUACGCUUUCUCGGACAGGAAGAUUGAUCUGACUUUUUCCACGGAACUCACCAACGACGAGCGGAAACAGAUCCACCAGAUAGCCCAGAAAUACGGGCUGAAAAGCAAGUCCCACGGCCAGGGCAGGGAUAGGUACCUAGUGGUCAGCCGAAAGAGGCGUAAAGAAGAUUUGCUCGACCAGCUGAAGCAGGAUGGUCAAGUUGGCCAUUACGAACUAAUCAUGCCGCAGGAGAAAUAGCGAGCGAACCUUAAAAAAAACAAAAAAUUCCCAUUUUGAGGGUGGGUAGGUGGGCGUGUCUGGACAGGAACCGGGUUUGCAUUAAAUGGGGAGAGAAAAAAACAACAGAUACUGUAUAUUGUUGUGGGGAAAAAAACACAAGUCAAAUGUUUCCCCCCGCUUAUUUUAAUUUCUUAUACUUGACGACAAAUCGUCUGUCCAGUUUCAUGUCGUGCAAUGCGGAUUAGCAUCUGUGCCCGUUUUAAAGAAAGAUGACAUUUCCCCUCCCCUUCGUGUUUUACUAAUUUGGCAACAGCAGGAACAGCUACUCGGCAAGGGAGGGGAGAGUUUUUAAGACGAUAUUUUUAUUUUGUCCUUUUUUAAAGAAAAAAAAAAGAGGGAAUAUAGAAAGACGGCCGUAUAAAAGAGAACUAUAUGUAAAGUGGAUCUUAAUAAAUAGAUUUUUUUUAUGGCUGGCCAUGCAUGGGAGGGCAUGUUUUAUAUUUAAAAAGGGCGGGCGUAGAGGUCUCAAAAACUAUUUUCAGCCUAUUCAGAAAUGGUAUCACUUAACAGUAUUUGCCCUCUUGGUUGACUUGGAACCGUUGCAGACCAGAACAGGUUGCAAAAUUAGCAAAUCCUAACAAUGCUUUUUCUUACUAUCCGACAUCUAACCUAAUCCUGACUCAGGUUUGAUUGGACAGUGUGAUUUUUCACAACAAACGAGUUCAAAAACUCUAGUUCAGCAUGUUGAAAAGUUGCAACUUCCAAGACCUCUCUUGCAAGUUUUAGCCCUCGGCAUGUUGAAAAGUUGCACCUGGCCAAAACCUCUCUUGCAAGUUUUUAGCCCUCCAUAUUAAAACCAAGAAGCGGAAGCUCAGGGAUCAGAUUGUGAAUGCCACAUUGUCGGGGGGGGGGGGGUAUAUGGAUGUUGGGUUUAUCUCUUGGCUGUGUAGCAUCAGAGUUAACAAAUUUGCAAAGGCUGGUUGCCUGAUUUGUGCAAUUCCCGGCAGAUCCAUCAUUUGUGAUGCAAGACGGUGGGGUGGGCUUCUACAUUUCAAAACAAGGCAAAUACAUUUUGUGUUUUCCAUCAGCUUUAGAUGGGAGCAUUUCUUGUACCCCGUCAAACUUAUUUUAACCAGAACGGACAGGAUGGAGUUUCAUUUAUUUCUCUCGGAAGCCUCUACGUAUUACCCCUUUGUGUAAAUGUGCUUGUAUAUUUCACAGGGAGAUCAGCAAGUAAAAGGUUCUCUCGCUGA